AUGGAUCGAAGAUUGUUGGUUUUGACGGGGUUAUCCGUGAUCAGCCUGUGCUGGAAUGGUGCCUUGGCACGUGCGUUUUUUUACCCUGCUGAAGAGUAUCAACCCCCGAGCCAGUAUUACACAUCGAACGCAUUAGCACAGUCCGCGACAAAUUCGAACGGUUACUACUAUCGAGGACCAAAUGCAGGCGCUCCAACGGCGGCAGCUUCGCAAAAUGUACCCGUUUAUAGCAGCAAUACGAAUUACUACGGCGUGCCUGGGUAUGACGAUUACCGUCCAGGGGCUUCAAGAAAUCGCUGGAACGAUCCCUACCUACGAUGGAAGUGGAACGAAUACUAUAACCGAAACUACUAUCCUUAUGCAGGGGUCAGUGGUUGGAAUGACCGGACAGACGGUGUUGCAUACUACAGUAAAAGGCGGCAAGAUUCUCCGGAAGCGACUACACAGGCCGUUACCACCACGUCAUUACGACCGAGCGUUCCGAGGAAGAAAAAGCUUUUCGUGCCGAACGUAUGGGGAUAA